UCAGUCGAAACAACCUCUUCUCUAGAGCAACGAAGUCUCAACACUCAUCAUGAAGUUGAUCAGUCUCGCACUGGCUCUCCUGCUGGUCUUGUCCGCCGUCCUGUCGCCCAGCCAAGCCACGCCGGACGCCCUAGCAGACCCAAGUCCGUUCUUCUUUCUCAAAAAGAAGAAGUAUGGCUAUGGUGGCUACGGUUAUGGCGGUUAUGGCCACGGUGGAUAUGGCGGUUAUGGCCACGGUGGAUAUGGCGGUUAUGGCCACGGUGGAUAUGGCGGUUAUGGCCACGGUGGACAUGGCGGUUAUGGCGGUUACGGCGGUUACGGCAUAAGGAAAUACUGGUGAUGGAAGAGACAGGCAGUCUCUUCAAGCACAAUGUUGAAGAGCUAAGAUUUAUCUUGCUCCACGCAAUAUAUUUAUCCCGUCGAAAACUAUUAAAUAAAAUUAACUAAUGAUUUUUUUAGGAAAAAAA